AUGGCCAAUAGGCGUUCGCACCCCGCCAGCUGCCAAAAGAAGCGCGGCGGCAAGACACGGUCACGUCGGAGUACCGCGUUCAUGAACAGGCGGGACCCUUCGUCUUCAACCAAACACAGACGCCGCAAGACGGCAAAACAGCCACGCCGGAAACCUUCUCCCCCUCCGCGCAACUCCUCGUCCGAGGGCGAGUACUACACCGUCAAGAGCAUCAUUGACGAGAAAAUUCAAAACGGUAAAGUCUUAUAUAAGAUCGAUUGGGACGGCUACGACCCCACUACUGGACUGCCCUGGGAACCCACUUGGGAACCCGCCGAGAACGUCAACGAGGCGGCUUUGAUCGACUGGGAGCAGCAAAAGCACCAGAGACAGGCUGCUGAACAAGCGUGGCGUCGCCAAGUCCGGGAGAACUCAGGAGAGUCGGAGGACGGUCAACCAGUGCUCCCCCCAAAUUGGAGAGCCCAGCGCCGGAGAUCCUUCCAGGAGAUCUGUGAUAAGGAGGACGACGACCACGACGACGCCAGGUCUUCGAAACGGCCCAGGCAGUCCAUCGAUUCCGGCUACACUUCUUCCCACGACGGCGACGACAACGAAGAAUUUGAGUGGACCUUGCUAAAGAGCUCGCCGAAGAAAAAAGUCGACUUUGUCUGUGAGCUGACGUUGCCUCCUGACUUUGAUCGUUCGGAGUACCGAGUCGUUUCGCUGUCGUCGCAGUCAGUGUCAUCUUCGCAAAAUCCUACCGCCCCCUCCACCAUUCCCGACUCUCAGGAGUGGCUCGAAUCCCUGCACACGUUGUCGUCGGCCACCCACUCGAAUACCGAUAUUGCUAACACCAAUCUUGCUGAGGAAACUUCUCGGACUCUCCAAGAAGCUUUGCAGGUGGCUACCAUUGACGUCAAUCUGAACCACUCCAUCUCUGAGAUCCCAUCUCGCCAACUGGAGGAGCCACUGCAUCCUCCCAGUCCCUUGCUCGACCCUCUUCAUUCGGACCAUCUGUCGCCUUCCCAGCCUGAGGAGGCUUCAGAGGAGCAUCUUUUCAACCAGGAGCCCGCGAAAAAUACCUUCUCCGGCGUGUUUCUCAGUCAGCCACCCCUUCCCUCGUCGUUGUUUGCGGACUCAGCUCAAUCAUCUGAGCAUUCAUCCCAUUCAUUCAACGAGGGUCUGAGCCAGGACACUCGUCAGAUCAACUCGCAUUGUACGACAAUUUCAAGAACUGGCUUACAGCCGGCUCAGGGAGUCUCCACGCUCUUGGAUAGCAACCGGGGGCAGCUACUCUCUGAGAGCUUGGUUAUUUUGGACAGUGUCGGAACUCCUGCUUUGCUCAGCACCAUCUCACAUCCCCCUCAUCUGUCCUCGAUCUCGGCGCACGUCGACAUUGCAGCGAUUGCAUCAACUCCACAACGUCAAAUCAUGGAGCCAUCCGAGCAAAGCCCUCCACAAUCUGCUGUUGAACUGAUACGGCAGAUUCAUGUACAAGUUUUUGGUCAUGAUAGUGAGGUUUCGCGUAUGUUUGAUCUAACCUCUCCAUCGGCUCCCCUUUCAGGCUCCGAAGGCUUUGCGACCACUUUUGGGGAGGGGACGUCAUCUGAGCAGGUACAGCAAAGCUCUCGUGAGCAUACUACUCCAUCUGUUGAGCAGCCGAACCCCCACAUGGUUGUGGGCGUUGGUGUUUCCCCAGCCGACUUGAGCCAUGACCAAGGCCAUCUUAACUUCGACCAGCCGCCUCAGACUGUGGCGCCUUCUGAUCUUACCAGUUCCAUCGACCACAUCCACAGCUCCCAUGAUGACUUUUCUACCGGUGAUCAUCCGAUCUUCGACACUGGCGCCGGGAACAACGAUCAAAAUUCGUCACCUUUGGAGCGGCGCGAGUCUCCUGAAGCUGUCUCUGAAGAGCAAGAGCAAGGUGACAAUCAAUCUGAGGACCAAGACGCGCAUGUGGGUAGUAAUGAACCCUUUAUUGUCACACUGCCCAUGGCUGCCAACACGCGAGCCAUGUAUCUUAAAACCAUCUUGGAGAACAAGAAGACCAUGGUCGAGUUUGGCGAGGUGUUCGCAGAAUCGAUGUCCCAGCAGCCUGCACAGUGCUUGGUGACAGAGAUAGACAGGAUCUUUGAGACGUUACUAAAUCUCUGCGACUUCCCUGCUUAUGACGAGUCUCUUCGGCACAUCGGGACUGAGGAAAUCCGGAAGCAUGCCGUCAACUCCAACAGCAAGUUCUCAUUCGUCUAUGAGUUCCUUCUCGGAGUUUCCGAUCUGAAUCUCCGCGUCCUGAUUGUCUCUCAGCCUGGUCGUGUAUUAGAUUACUUGGAAGCUGUCUCGGAAAACCCGGAACUUCAUGCCUCGGUGUGCCGCCUUGAGAGUUCCAGGAACACGAAGUCACCUGCUGAGGGUCUGGAGAUUAUUCUAGCGUCUGCGAUUGAUGAUUUCUCUAGCCUGCGGAACAUCGACGUCGUAAUCCAGUUUGACCAUGUGGCAAGGACAGCACGGGUUCCUCCAGAGUUGAACUACGAUGCUAUGCUACCCGUUAUACUCUCACUGGUUACCACAUACUCACUCGAACACCUUGACUUGCGCUUGCAGGAGAUCGAGCCUAACCUGAGCGAAUUGGAGCGGAAGAACGCCCUCAACUUGGCGACUGGUGCUACUUUAGAGCACCUACAGCAUCCACAAAGGGGGUAUCCUGAGCCGCACGAAGCUGCUGAGCUGUUCGCCAAUUUUUUGAGGAGCCCAGAGGCUGGUUUGAACUGGGAUCCUCAGCCCCUACCUCCUCAGUUCUUUGAUAUAUGGGCGAAUUCUCAAAGGCGCAUUCAAGAAGUCCAAGAUGACCUGCAAACAGACCCCAUCAGUCGCAAGCGCCCAAGAGAGAGUGGCGAUGAGGUCACACAGAAGCGGCCACGACUCAUAGUGGAGAGAUCUUCCUAUCAAGCUGUGCCGAUGACUGAUCUCCUUAAGAAAACUCUUGUAAAUCUGCCGCCGGACCCGGGCUCGCCUACACACCUUAUUGAAGUUCCUGUGGGUCAACUUGAGCGGCUGGCAGAAAAGAUUGCCGAGUUGGAGUCACGGCUGGCAACACAAGCCAGUGUCGAGGACAAGUUGCGCGAGCAUAUACAGAUUCUCGAGUCCCAGCUUCGCUCAUAUGAGAAGACCAUCAAUACCAUCCAGCCAAAGUUCAUGGAAGCCCUCCGGGACCGUGCAAACUUCGAAAAGGAAUGCAAGGCUGCCACCGACAAGGCCAAUGCCACGGCAGAGCGUCUGGAAGCCCAGAAGUCCGAGAUUGAGACUCUCAAACUGAAGUUGGCCGAUGCCCAGCGCGCGCUCGAGAACCAUGAGAAUCCCGACCUCGUGCGUCUCGCCCAGGCCGAGAAAGCCCGCGACGAGGCCCUCUCCACAAUCGAAAAGCUUGAAAAGAAGCUCAAGAGCACCCAAAACGAGCUCGAAUACUCUCGCCGCGCUUACCAAGAUGCCUCCAAUGCCCACACCGAGCUCAACAACGAAAACCGCCAGCUCCGCGCACGUAUCACUGACCUCGAAAAGCGUGCCAACGACAACCUCCUGCGCAUUCACCAGACCCACGCCCAGAACGAGGCGCGCGAGACGAGCCGGCAAAUUGACGAGCUUCGCGCCACUCUCGAGAACCGUGAGCGCGAGCUCGAUCGCGCCAUGCAAGAGCUUCGCCUUCUGAAGAACGGCCGCCGUGAGACAAGACAGGCUAGUGUCCCGCGCAGUCCACGGACGGCAGGUCCUGGGUCAGUGAUGAGCCCGCGCGUGCCGCGGGGUAGCAGUGCGGUAACAACGGUUGGCGGAGCAGGCAGUCGAGGCACAAGUCCCGCGCCGUAUACGGUCAGCUCAUCGGAUGUGACCACCGCGGCGAAUACUCCAAUUAUUCCGGGAAUGACGUAUUUCCCCCCGGCUGGGGCAUCCGGGGGUGGUGGUGCCGGUGUGGGGAGAUGGGGGCACCUCCGGGAUUAG